CAUAUAGCAGGAUAAUGACGGAGUCCACGAAAACCUUGAAUUUUUUCAAAAUAUGUCCCAAAGAUAUAACCGAUGCACCAUUCACACGGGAAUACCUGGCACCUCGAAGCGGGCACCGAGUGGUGGCCGAUGACAGCAAUCUCUACUGUAUAGGAGGCUAUAACCCUGCUUUCUGGGAAGUAGAAAAUUCAGAUGAAACUUAUUAUCCACUUUUUAGGGAGUGUGGUCUAAUGUGUGUCCAGGGUGGAGUAGUCCACAUCAACCACAACGAGAGGACAUCAGAGGUGUACUGUGUGUGGCUAAAGAUGCCCAGCCUGGCAGAACAGUGCUGGCAGACUCUUAUCAAGACAAUACCUAAUAUUGACACUAUGGACAGAAGUGAACUCCUAGAACUGGGAAUUCCUCAGAAAUAUGUGGACAGGAUUGAUGGGACUCCCACUGCGGCUUAGUACUGGGAACCGAGUGAAGGAUGAGGGGCAGAGGCAGGGAAAGGAAAAAAAAAUCAUCCUCAAACCAGUAAAAUGAUUUUGCCAUGACUUACUGGUUGUCAGCUUCCUACACCACAUUUUCAGCAUCAAAAUGGAGAAGUCAUGUUUACAAAUGCAAAUGGUUAGGAAGCAGUAAUAUUUAUUAUUCAGCCUAUUUUUUUACAUACACAUAAUUUACCCAUCAUCUCUGGACUAGUACUUUCAAACAGUGAUUGUGCCAAAAAGUGAGUGGCCAGUAGUGCAGUUAAUUGCGUUUGUAAUUCUGUUGUUUCAUCAUAAUCACUGUGUUGAUCUUGUUUACAAAAUAAUUAGAUUAGAUUGAAAAUGUACCUUUUAAGAUCAACUAUAAUUUUAUGUAUAAAACACCCAAAAGGGCACUGAUAGGGAGCAUUAUACUAUUAUUGCGGAUCUUAAGAGAUGCAUUUUCAAUCUAAUUCAUGUCUGUUGAUGUGUUGUAAACAGUAGAGAAACACUGAACAAUAACUCACAAUAACUUUCAUCAUUGCUUCAAAAGUGAAAACAUGAAGGGUUUAUGUUUUAAGUUGGCAAUCCUACCAAACAAAUGAAAAGGUAGAAUAUUAAGGUUUUGAUAGCCUUGCCCACAGUUUUCUAUCCAUUGAAGGUAUUAUGCUACUAUUUCAUAAUGUCUGAUUAUUUUCUGACCAGCACCCUCCCUUUCUGGUUCUGUCCCUGGUGAGAAAUUAGGCCACAUUCAGAACAGUGGACUAACUAGUCCAUGGGUCAAAUAUGGAGACCUACUAAAAAGUUUGCCGUCUAAUCCGCUUAUAUACACUGAAUAGAUUCCCCGUGGGGAGGUAUUCAAGUGGGUCGGCCAUAUUUGAUCCUCGGACUAGUUAGUCCACUGUUCUGAAUGCAGACUUCAUGUUAUACCUGUGCAAUCAGGCAUGUUACGUGGCACACCUUUAUCUAGCACAAAGAGGUA